AUGACAUCAGUUACAUUACCACGUCGCGUUCAUAAUUUACAUUUAAUUCGUGAACAUCGAAAUCAUCAUUCUUAUACUACUGAUGAUGACGAAAGCAAUAAUAUAAUUGAUAAAAAUUCACCAUAUUUUUCCAAUCGAUCAAAAUUAAAUCGAGCCAAAGCGUUCUCUUAUGAUGAACCAGAAAUACAAUCAUCAUUACCAACAUCACCAACAAUUACAAAUAAUAAUAAUCGAUUAAAACAUCUAUGUUCAAGAUUUAAACGUCGUUUUGUUUUAACCAAAGAAGAUCGUACACGUAGUGAAGAUAUACAUGAAAAUACAACUGAACGUCGUAUGGUUCGGUUUGGUAAUUAUGAAUCAUUUUCUUCAACAAUUGAUGAUCAAUAUAAUGAAUUUGUUUGGCCUGAUUUUGAAAGAGUCUAUGAUACAAUUCCACCUUGUUUAAUUAAUGCAUUACCUGGUCUUGAUGAUUAUUCCGAUGAUGGUAGAUCUAAUAAUUUAUUAGAUUUAUCAAAUUUUCAAACUGAUCAAACAGCUUUAAUUUCUAUUGAACAAAUGAAUUUAUUUACACAAUGUAAACGUGGAAAAUAUUUUCGACGAAAUGCUAUUUGUCAUAAACUUGAUAAAAGUCAAUAUAAUGCACAAUUAGAUACUUUUAUUCAACAAAUAAUGGUCGAAAAAUUAAUGAGAACAUGGACUUAA